AUGGAUAUCAACAGCACGGAUAAAACCCCUGGGCCCGAGCGAAGAGAAGCAAAGGCAUUAUUAGGGGUCUUCAUAGCUAGCAACAUUACAAGCGCUUCCGCGCGUUAUCGCAUUUCCCUUGCGGCCAUAUAUGCCGUCGCUCGAGAACCUAUCGUGAGGAAGAUAUUACAACAAGCAGCGAAUACUACUAAAGAACAUCUCACUACAACAAAAGCGAAGGCUAUCAGGAAAGCCAGAGAAAUAGACAUUAACUCUCACACCAUAAAAGAACCAUCACUGAUAAUCCCAGAGUGGUCUUACCAUUGCUUCAAACACAAGAAGAGCCUCUGUCCCAUUAUCAGCGGUCAACAGCGCGAGGUAAGAGAAUCUAAGAACCGCGAGAAAUAUGUUGAAGCUUCUGUGACGCCCAACGAAGUAACGCAAGCGAACAAAGAUACAGCAAGCAAGGCCGAUUAUGCCUUAUUAUAUUACAAAGAGCCGAUAAUUUUAAGACGGGACUUCUAUUUUAUUCAUCCUGGCUGGCUGGGCAAUAUUGCAAGCCAAUAG